AUGUUCAAUGCGAUUCGUUUCUCGUCCCGCAUGGGAUUGCGCACUGUACGAUGGAAUUCAACCAGCAGCUCCGUCCCUCCGUUGAUGGCCAAGCUUCGUUCAGACCUCAAAGACGCAAUGAGGGCAAAGGACACACCGAGACUCAACGUCCUACGAGCCCUCAUUUCCGAGACCAACAACGCGGCCAAAACCGCAUCUCCAAUUGAAACCGAUCUUCAGCUACUCUCCCUAAUCAGAAAGAAGAUUGCUGCCUCCAAAGACGCCGCCGAGCAAUUCCAGAGCGCUAAUCGGUCAGAUCUGAAGGAAAAGGAAGAUGCCCAAAUCACCGUGUUUGAAGAAUAUGCCGGGCAGGUCCAAACCAUGACACCAGGUGAUAUCAAAGCUGCUGUCGAGAGCACCAUCGCUCAAUUGGGCACAGACACUAAGCUCAAUGUGGGCGCUGUGCUAAAGAACAUAUUUGCUCCUGGGGGAGCUUUGGAUGGGAAACCCGCUGAAAAGUCCGAGGUUGCUCAGAUCGUCAAGGAGCUCCUCUCCAAAAAUUAG